AUGCCUCGCACGCGCCGCUUGUCAGAUAGCGACGAUCUGAGACACGAUGGGCCGAGUGGCAGCGGCAGUGCUGAGCGGAGGGAAGGGGACGACGAUGGCUCCGGCGAAGUGAAGGAGCCGCAGCGACGCCAGAAUACCAGCUGCGAUGCUUGUAGAUCGAGAAAAGUUGCAUGUAAGAAGCUGAAAGGGGAACAAAAGUGCCAGCAUUGCAAAAGCAAAUGCAUUGAAUGCACCACAGUCUACAUCCAGCUGGCCACCAACGGUUCGAAGAGGCCUACCAAGCGGCUGCGGGGUGCUACGAUUAACACGUCUAGUAGCGCUGGUAGUGGUGGUGGUGGCGGCGGCGGAGAGGGUAUCAAUGGAACCGCGGACGACUUGCCACUUCCUGUGGUGAGAUUCUGCCUGUUGAGGGACAACGAAUACGAUCCAGGAGUUGGCGUACCUAUUACUCGCGCGAACGCGCGAGACGGAAGGUCCGUGUCUCCCUCGCUCGCCGUGCGCAGGCUGAGCCCGACCACUGCAGCAGAAAGCAGGCUGGUCAUAACACAAGCAAGAGAAGAUCUUUGCAACGAUCUCGUCGACACGUACUUCAAGCUGGUCCACAUUCGAUACCCGGUCCUCGACGCUGAAGCGUUUCUGCAGAAGUAUCGGGAAGGCAACCCGCCAGACGUGCUCUUAGCCGUUAUUUUGGCCUGGGGAGCCAAGUAUUCCGAGUCACCUAUCAUCGUCGCGGAUCGCAAGGAAACCGCUGCUCAGUUGACACCAAGGCAACAGCAGCGUCGAGCAGCAGCAGCCCACGCUGAAGGAAAAGACGUUGUGAUGGCACGAAGUCAACCCGUCCGAGACGUGAGCGUCCCACCAGAGCCACACAGCCUGCGUGACUUUCUGACGGCGCCGAGGGACGUCGUCAAUGCAGAAUCCGCGCGCUCCGCCGCUAGCAAAGUGGGCAGGUCUCGCAUAGCAGAAGAUCUGAUCGUCAAGGCUCAGGAGGUGCUGGAUCGCAACAAAGCUCAUCGAAUUGCUACCAUGGACAAUGCUAAAGCUUGCUUGAUCAUCCAAGCUUUGUUCUGGCAACGAGGUAUCGACGACGUCCGCAAGGCUCAAGUCCAAGGCCUAUCAGGGAGCGAAGAGGUGAUACGACCCACAAGGCGCGGACUCUACAAUUGCAACGGUGCCUGGGUCGUCAGCGGGCUCACGCACUUGAUUGAAUUGCGAGUGCAUCUUCAAGAGACGGUAUCGAGGAUAGAAGACAUCAGCGUCAGAUCUCAGGCCACCAUGACAUGGUGGUUGGCGUGCAUGAUGGACGCGCACAUGUCUGCCAUGUUCAGACGCAAGCCACACUUGAGCAUAGAGGAUUACGACGUGGAGCCACCUUUCGCCGCGCAAAAUGCGGAAAACUACGGACCGCAUCCUCUUUCGGCCCAGAUCGAGCAACAGAAAUGGCUUAGCGCCGCGACGGACCAAGUGGAAAUGAUGAGAGAGGUCUACUUCUCCCUCUGGACGCCUCGAGUCGCAAAGGAAGGCGUAUCGGUCCUGCGGUUGAAGGGCUUGAUAGGCCACGCGGAGAGAUGGCGAAGCAGACACUUGGGCGCUGUUGGCGCGCCAUCGCCCUCCUGGCCUGCAUACUGGUCUUUCGCGACAGCGGUCACGGCAGCAGCCUCCGACGUGAAUUACCACAUCGUGUGGAUCUUCAUGUUUCAAGCCAUCGAAGAAUUUGGGAUUUCGGAGUUGCGCAAGGCAGAGCAACAUCAAGAAGAUGGCAACUUCAAACGACCACUUCUGCCGCGGCGGAAGGAGAAUGACACCCCUGAAACCGUCGAAGCCCAGGCGCUCAAAGCCCGCAUCUACGACGAGGCCCUGAAUGCGGCAACGCGCACAGCUGCGGUCACGCAAGUUCUGCAAGAGAAUGGUUACCUGCGUCUUGAAGCAGGAAUUAUGAAAGUCGCCAUGAGCGAAGCUGGAUACUGUCUGGCGCACUUCAAGAGGCCAGAAAUCCUGAGCAUCAUUUCAGGUCUUCGUCAGUACGGCCAAGCAUUUGAGGAGUGCUACGACCAAGCCGACUCCCUUCAACUGCUUGCCGCCACGUACAUGGAGAAUGUUGACAGCGAUCUUUCUCCUUCUUCUUACGAAGAGGCUCAGAAUGGCACGAACGACGACAGCAACCGUGAGGCCGAAUCGAGCCAUAGCUACUCUCCAGCAGGCUUGCCUUCUUGGGGACACGAACGGGGUGUCUCUGAUUCCCACCCCAGCGAAAGGGUGCCUUCCACCAGCGCUCACAAUGGACUGGGUUCGGAACAACAGUACUAUAG